AAAAAACAAAACAACCUCUCUAGCAAUACACACCAAACUGAGCAUGUGCAGAGUGUCUCCACACGAUAUAUCUUAUAAAAUAAGAGGGGGACACUGGAAGAAGGGGAGGAUCUGAGAAGACAAGAUCAAACAGCCUUUUUACACAAUGCAGAGGAUUAACCCCUUAGGUUCCACAGCGAGUAUAACAAGCAUGCUUUACUGCCAGAGGCGGACUGACAACUCAUGGGGCCCCCGGGCAAUAGGGGAUCAUGGGGCCCUGUGUCCUUGGCCAAACUCAAAAAAGCCCUAU